CCUAUUUGACCUGGUGCUCACAAUAUUUUGAUCAAGGACCAUUAUGUAUAAUGUCCUUGACUUGAUAAAGCAUUUAACACUCCUAUAGCAGGAGUCUGUUACCCAUGUAUAUAGGGCUCACUGUAUCAACUGUCCAGUCCAAUGAGGAACAAUUUGCUAAUGGCAAGGAGGUAAAAAUCAAGAAUUUUGCAGUCUUUACUGUUGGAAACAAACAUCUUUGGCCCAAGGAUUCAGCAGUCUUUAUCCAAUAAUCAAGCCUACAACUGUGAGGAGGAAUUCUUGUGAUCAGGGAGAUUCAAGCUUAGAAUACUGAUCAGCAGAGAAAUAUGGCUGAAACCAUGGAGCACCGUCACCUGAACAGGCUGUACAAGUGUGCGGAGUGUGAGUUUACUGUCAGCCACGAGCUGAUGGUUUACGUCCUACGCCAUUUCUUCAGGUGCACGUCCAACAAGUAUGUGGACGAGCUCGAGGUGUGGUCACCUCCCCAUCUCAAGAUUAACGGCACUAUGAGGAACGCAGGUCCGACAGAGAGCAUUGCCUGUGAACGUCAUCUCCCCACGAGGGAAGAGGAACACAGCAGAACACCUGCAAACGCUUCUGACCACAGAAGAGUGAGCGAAGAUAGCAGAUUAUUGCACUCCUCUCAUUCAUCCACAAGGCAGGAGGAAGAAAGCAGAACAUUUGCAAACACUCAUACCCACAGGAGGGCAAGUGAAGACAGCAGAGCAUUGCACACUUCAAACAUUCACAGCCAAAGAGGAGUCCAAAAUGUCAAUGCUCACAGCUAUGGGGGAGAAGACAGAGCUACCAGUACACAUGUCAGCAAAGGAACUGAAGUUUCAGAUGUGACACCUGUACAGGUUACAAGCAUGACGGGUUCCCCCAUGGUAUGGAUAGUGCAGCCUAAUGCAAAUACACAACAACAGAUGUGGCCGAAAACGUCUUCAUCUUCUAGUGUUUCUUCGCGAGCAGAAAUGCCAAAGCCUGUGCACAGGCACAUUGUUCUUCACGAAGAGAUGCCUCCUGAAGGGAGUGGCCAGGGCAGACAACAGGAGAACCAAGCUGAGAGAAGGCAGACUUCACAUAACAGUGAAACAGAGGCGGGGGACCUCUGUGAAGAAGAAGAUGAUGAAAAUGAGGAAGUCAUUGAGCUCAACCUGAGUUGCUCUCCUGUUCCGAUGUGCAAUCCCGCAGAAACCAAUGACCAAAUGGUAACCAUGGCAACCACCUCACCAAUGAUGAACCUGACACAAACUCCCAGCAUCCUCCAGCAGCAGCUACAUCAAAACCCAUCUUUUGACAGGAUGAAGCGUGGCAGGCCGCAGAAACCCCCCUACUCAACUGCCGCAGAUGCGGAGCAGCCCAAAAACACCAAAAGGAUGAACAGGUAAUACAUUGAUUAAAGA